GCUGAGCUGAGGGGUGGGAGUGUCCAGCAGCAGCCCACACACACUCACACACUUAGACACUAUAUAAACCAGAGGCUCACGAAUGAAAUCCUGCGAAAAAGAAUGGCCACUUUGGACAGCAGAAGGAUAAAUGGGUGAUUUGUCACUUGAAGGACACCGUGCUGUUGGUGAUCGAGUCCCUCUGUAGGUGUGUUGGAGGACCUUUUGCUUUUGACACACCGAUGCGGGUUGUUCUCUGUCUCCUGCCUUAACACUCGAUCCAGAGGACUCGUUUGUGCUCACUGUGCCUUUGGCGACUUUUGGGAGAGCUGGAGAACUCUAAAGCGACGCAUACGCACACACAAGCGCGCGGCGUCAUGAAGUUCAAACCCAACCAGACGAGAACAUACGACGGUGAAGGGUUCAAGCAGCGAGCGGCGUGUCUGUGUUUCAGGAACGAGCGAGAGGACGAGGUGUUGCUGGUGAGCAGCAGUCGUCAUCCAGAUCAGUGGAUCGUUCCAGGGGGAGGAAUGGAACCAGAGGAAGAGCCGUGCGGUGCAGCAGUGAGGGAGGUUUAUGAAGAGGCUGGCGUGAAGGGGAAACUGGGUCGCCUUCUGGGUGUGUUUGAGCAUAAUCAGGACAGGAAGCAUCGCACAUACGUGUACGUCCUGACAGUGACUGAGACUCUGGAAGCAUGGGAGGACUCGGUUAACAUCGGUCGAAAGCGAGAGUGGUUCCCAGUGGAAGAGGCUAUAAAGAUCCUGCAGAGCCACAAGCCUGUCCAUGCAGAGUACCUGAGACAUCUUCAGCUCAGCUGCUCCACCAACAACAACGGCAACAUCCUCCUGCCCCCUUCACCUCCUAACGACAACACAGCCCGAGCUGCAGCAUGCAGAUAGGACUGCUCGCUCGUUUUUUCUCUCACGUGCAUUCCUUCCAGGCUCUAAUCUCUGGAUCUGUAUACACACACACACACACACACACACACACACACGGAAGUGUUCCUGGACCCCUGAACUGUCUAGGAUUUUAUAAAGUGCUUUUGCCACAAGGACUUGUUUCAAAAAUGCCUUAAAAACCUAAUGUGUUUUUUUUAAAUCUGGUUUGUUACUACAUUUCUUUUUGGGUUUAUCUGUCACUUGCUUUUCUUAUUCUUAUCACUACGCCUCUGAAUCACGCUACAUAUCCGUCGGCUUUGCAAGCUGAAUUAAAAACUGUACUCGUGUUACCUCAGCUCCCCAGAUGAUCCCUGGAUAUCCGGGGAUUAUUAUAGAAUUGUUCUUUGGAAUUGGUGCCUGCUGUUUUAAAGGAGCCAUUUGCAAUUUUUAGCACCCUGUUUUGUCUGCAAGGCAGAUUGCAAUUUAAACAAAAACAUUGCCAAACCUUUCUCUUCAUCCAGACCAACCCCUAGUGCCAUUUUGUUGAAAAGCCUUCUGAGUUUAAGGAAAAGGCGCACACAGCUAAGAAGCUCAAUUCUGGGCCAGAAAAAUAUAAAUGGAAGCCUGAAAUGGAAAAAAUAAACCAACCAAACAAAAAAACCCAAACUAAUCAGGUCUAUUGGAAAGCAAUGUUGUGAUUCAGUUUUUCCAACAUAUCUUUAAUAUGUUAUGAGUAUUCCAUGUUCUAGAAACACAUUUAAAUUUUACAGACUGCACCUUUAAAUGGGAGAGAAAUGCAGCAGAGUUAUAUUUGGUACUUUUCUUGUUCUGUACCCUGAACUUUGCCAGUGUGAGUCUGAGGCCUGCUCUUUGUUUCAGUUGAUUAUUUGCAAUGCGAUAUUAAUCCAGUAAAGCAUCCCUUUAAUCGCUUGCCCUUUAACACUAGACUGGAGCUUGCACUGGGCCUGGACAGGGGCAUCUAACAAAUUGUACCUGACAGUGCUGCAUGAUCAGAGAGCGUGGAGUAUUAAGUAAAAAAAUGUAAAGGCAUACUUCAGGGAACGAUUAUAAUAUGGCCUGAAAUUUUCUCAAGCGUAGAUCAGCCAAGAAAUAUUGAGAGUAAAUUUUGCUCUGUUAGAUUUGCACUAGCGCUGUAAUAAUAGUUUAUGAGCAUCUGUUAGCAAAGUGCUAAAAUCGUCACCUGCUUGCCUCAAAUGACAAAAUUGUAACACUAUCUGUAGCAAAUUUGAAAAAUGUAAAUUACUGAAGUCCGAUAAUUCAAUAUACUAUAUGGACACGAGUGUUUGACUGGGAAAUGCACCACUUGUAUUUUUCAUACGAGCGACAUCUGGGACAUGGAGAACCAAAACCGUGACAUAAAUCUCUAUAUAUCACUCGUGAGGAAAUUGAUGAAUUGUUUUGAUAAAUUUGGGUACUUUUUGUUUUUGAAUGUGUCUGUAUAAUAAGAAAAAUCACACGUUAGCUUGAAGAUAUGAAGUUUAUCUUCUUGCGUUGAAAAACUCACAUUUUUCAUAUGAGAUACAUUGCGGAUCUGGGUGGCACAUUUAAAUAAUAUUGGCUGGCUUUUUUCAUGGUAUAUAAGAUGUACCAUGCUAGCUGAAUGGAAUAUAUCUGAUAUACCAUGAAAAAAAAAUCUAGCCAUUAUUAUUAUACAUACACAUUCCUUUCGGGUGUUCAACGCAUCUUUCUCUUUCAAAAUCCUCUCAAAAUCUUGCAUAUUUAAUGAAGCAAACUUGGCGGCCAUGUUUGUUUACAAAUUGUCCCAGUCGCUCACUAGCUCAGAAGUUUUACGUCUCUGAUGUGUGACGUCAUGUUGUCUCGACAACCAUGCAAUAUCGUAAACCAUAUUCAACGCUCACUGUCCAUUGGGUAGAGUGAUGUAAUACAUGUAGGAUAAGCGAUAUACUAACAAUAUUGCAUGCUAUCAAACCAGAUGAAUGGAACACGCUUUUAUUCCAUGGAAAAAGUGGCCCGUAUGUGUAAUAAUUCCUGAUAUUUCACUCCGAUGACAUCACUCCCAGUGUUUUCCCGCUGACGAGACGCGUGUUGUCAAAAUGGCGAACAGAUUCAAAAUGAAAAUUCUUUUGAUACACUUGAGGUUUUUUUUUUGGUUGUGUGUGUAUAUAAUAUAAAGAAUAUUACAUGGUGGUGUGAAGUUUAUCUUUGUGCCACCAUGUCAUAUCUUUUUAUAUAUUCCUUUUUUCUUCCUCUGAUCAAGGCCAUUUGUAGUUACGAAAUAGUCUUUUUUGUAAAUAUUCUGCAAAAUUGAACAUUCUUAUCAAGGUUUUUAAGUAGAAACAGAUGUAUUAACUUUUGCUGAAAUAUUUUCUAUCACCUUUUCCUCUAUUUUUAUGAUUAUGAUCUUGAUUUAAAAAAAGAACUGACCUGAUUUAAUCAAGUCCAGAACAAAUGCUGGUCUCCACAUGACUUCUCAGACACUGAAGAGUGAUGUGUGUUAGUGAGGACGAGCUCGAAUGUGUUUGGUGCACCACCUUUUGGUGUUUCUCAUCUGCUGUACAUCAUCCAUACUUUCAAAUAUCUAUUUCAUAACUGUCCGGAUUUCUUUCUGAUGCACCAAAAUAAAUGAUUGGAACCUGUAACCAUAUAUUACGACACCCUGAGAUUUAAACCUUAAUUUUUUUUUUUGGAUCAUUGUGUACAUAUUGUUAACUGAUAACUUGUAAUGAUGAUGAUGUUCUGGUGCUGUUGGGCUUCAUCUAUAAAAUAUGUUGUGUACGAGUGAGAAAAUGAGGCAAAUCAGAUCAGGUAAUGAUUUGCCUAAAAUUUCUUGCGUUGUUUUUCCAUCCGGGUAGCGGGUUAAAAUUUGACCUCGGUUCACUGCAAACAAGCAUUGAAGUUAAACAAUUCCACCUCUAAGCCCAAGGCCAUGUUUAAUAUUUAGUUCAAGGUCUUUAAAAAUCCCAACCAAAGUCACCAAGUGUGAUUCUUGAUUGGUUCAAAAGAGCAAAAGGUUAUGUUUUUUCCCCCAACAAUGUUUCUAUUUCUCAUUAUCAUCUGUAAUGUGUUUUAUGAGGCUGUAUUUAACUUAAAAAGGGACAGAACUUUGUCAGCUUUUCAGCAUUUUUGUGACACACUUAGAGGAAUCUUGGUGGAUGAAAUUUGCUGCAUCCCAUCCAGCCACCUGAAUAAUGCUGCUAAAUCCAACAUUCAUCUUGAUCAACUGGAUGUUAUAUUUACAUGAAGACUAAAAAGAAACUCUCACUCACUGAGAGUCGUAUGUUGGGUAAAUGGAAACUGUCAUGUGUUUGAAUAUGCGUGUGUGUUUGUUUUAUGAAUCGGUCAUGCUUGUGAAUGUAAAAAUGUGUCUCUAGUGCCAAACUUUCAGGGAUAUGAGAGAUUAUGAUUGUUCUCUUAAACGCUGAAAGAACUUCCUGUCGUUCCAGACUGCCAGGGUGAAUUUCCUAGUGGAUUUUUCCCAUUUCACAUUUCCUUGCACGAAUUGCACACCAUGACCCUGUGUGGUUCUCAGAAGGAGAUAGACCUGGUCCUCCUCCGCUCAGUCACAGAUCCACACUUACAUCCAUAGACCGCGGAACAGAUAAUAAUUAUUCGCAUUGGAAGAAUAACAUUAUCAUAUCCGGGUUAUACGGUCAGACACUUAUGGUGUGGCAAAAACAAAACAAAAAUAUGUCGAGCAUUAUCACAGUGAACUCAGUGUUUCAUGUUUAUAGUGUAAUUUACAAAAUUUCUGAUGAAAAACUGGACAAAGGCAUUCGGUCCAGUUUGCUGUAAAUGCAGUUUGCUGGAAAUUUUUAGUUUACGUUUAUGAAAGUAACUUUUUCUGACGUCUUGAGUCCAGUCACUCACUCAUUCACUCACUCAUCUUUCUCUAAACACAGCUUUGUUAACAAUUUCUCUGUUCUUUUAUGUGACUCUUUUAUGUGUACUGAGGGAUAUUUUAACCUGCAGAUUGUCUUGUAUUUCAGAAGAACUCAUAGGGAAGAACUUGAAUAAAGGAAUUAAA